AUGGAUGUGGACGAGCCCGAGGCCGAGGAUGAUGCCUUCGUUGCCCGUGACAAGGGCUUUGCCUUGAAGUUCCAGAAGAUGAAGAAAGAUUUGCCGGGCUAUGUCGUGGAUUUGAUAGAAACUCAGUCUGCGAAGGCGGCCCAUCCCAGGGAUUUCAAGAGCCGCAUGAUUAACAAGCUCUUCACAAGAGACAACAGCGGGAAGAUCCACCUGAACCUGAAUGACCCCUGCUUCAAAGAACACAAGAAGCUCUUCAACGAGAACUUCAGCAAAAGCUCGGAGAUCGCAUACCCUGAGUCCAUCUUCAAGGGUAUGUUCUAUGCCGGCAAUGACGACAAGUUCGAGGCUGCCUUGGCCAAAGGAGAGAUUUCCGAAGCAAAGAGCACGAUCCCGGGUGUGAGAUUCUUCAGCUUUCACACCUUCAAAGCUGUGCAGAAGGUUGGGAGCCGUGAGGAGGAGGAGCUCACCUCCUCCGGGAGGGUCACGAAGGAGGAGGCCAAGAUCAUGGCCGAGGUUUUUUCCAAGAUGGGCUGGAGGAUCAAGCACACCACGGAUGAGACCAAGAAGUUUGCCAAGGGCGGUGCGGUCCCGACGAACAUCGAGGCAGUUCUUAGCACUGCUAUGGAUGCUCAAAGCAAAUUGAGCAACGAUGCGAUGUCUCUGUUGAAACGAUGGAGCGGCAGCGAUGAUACGACGAGGAGCCUGCGAAAGCAUCACAAGCUCAGCCAGGAGUACCUUGUGAAGCUCAAGCACAUCAAGGAGUUCCGCGAGCUGCCGGAUGACGAGGAGCUGAACAAGCCCAACUUCGACAAGUUCCUCAUGGCUAUCGCCCAGCACACGGAGGAGUUCAAUGUGCUGGUUGAAAGCAGCAAGGGAGAUGCAGAAAAGAUAAAGGACAGUGGCGAAUUCCCUCAUGACCUUCAGGUUUUGAGCAGCUUGGGUACAGAUGGUUUGUAUUCCAACAAGAUGUGGGGCGAUUUGGUUCGACAUAUCUCUCCCAAUGUCAAGCUUCCACAGCCGAUGACUGUAAAGAUUCCUUGCAAGGCAGGGUUAGCGACCCAGCCGAUCAUGUUGCCUCACGAACUUCUGGCCGACAUCUACGAGAAGUUUCCAGCUGUUUGGGUUCAGGUUGUGAAGCCGUCGGAUAGCCGAGCCGAGCAGUUUUGGUCAUCCGUGCAGGGCCAUCCUGCAAUGGAAUCAAGUCCAAUUCUUUCUCGACCAAAUUAUCGGCAGCUUUGCCUGCCGCUUGCCGUUCACGGUGAUGCAGUUCCAAUCACAGGUGUGGGAAAGGGUUGGUGUCAGCAACUGACCGACCUGUCCUUCAUGAGCCUUUUGGGACUUGGCUCUGUGAAAGAGCUGUUGUUUUACAUGGGUGGUUUCUGGGAAAAGCUACGAGUGUUUGGCCAUCCAGAGACUUUUCAGGCAAGAAGCCUGGACCACAAUACAAGGUACCCGGCAGGAAGUAAGGAAGCUGGCAGAGCUGGGCAGCCUUUGUUGGGUGGGCAUUUUGCCUGCCUGUUCUCCUUGCAAGGCGACUUAGACUAUUAUGCAUCAGUGCUCGAUCUGCCAAGAAGUACACUGGCCUCGGGGCCCUGUGCCCUCUGCCGAUGCACGAAGUUCGGCCCACAUUCGUGGCAAGAUUUUCGAACAUCGGCAGCAUGGAGAGACACAUGUUGGAAAGCUUCCGAAUGGAAAAUGUGGUCUGACAAAUCUUCAUGCCCCCUACUGCGACUUCCUACUUCCAAUUGUUGGACUGUAGCCCUCGACUGGCUACACAUCAAGUAUCUCGGCAUGGAUCAGUUUCUAUAUGCAAGCAUCAUCUUCUUGCUGGUUUUUUAUGUGCUUCCUGGAACACCGGAGCAAAACAUGGCUUCAUUUUGGCAGGCCUUGCAGAAAGAAUACUCAUCUUUGGAUACUCCCUGCCGCUACAGAUACCUGAACAAACUCAGCAUGAUAGUGCGAAAGCAGGGCAGCCCCAAGUUAAGGGGAAAGGGGGCAGAGAUACGACACCUUCAUCUGCCUCUCCUCAACAUUUGGGCGGCCAACAUGAACACAGCUUUGGAAAUGCAUCGCAAAGUUCACCUCCUCCUGAAGUUGAAUGCCAGAGCAGAGCAGCUUUUGACUCAGCACCGUGAGCUUUUUGCACUCCCUGCAGAAGAUGCAGCGACGUUUCAGACCUGUAUCGACGGACUUCUCAUGCUGCAGCACAACCUACGAGAACAUUUCUCGGAGGAGCCCGAACACCUUUUCAACAUUACCGAAAAAUCUCAUUUUGUGCAGCAUUGCUCCAUUCUGGCUCGCCAUGUUUCACCAAGGCAAAUUUUCACUAUGAAUCUAUCUCUCGUUUUGACUUUGCGAGGAGUGGCCGCCAACGCCGCCGCAGUGGCAGUGCUGCAGGCCGAAGUGGCCGGGCUGCCUGGCCCGCCGGACCUGACUCACUACGCGCUGGCUGCCGACCUCGCGGCAGCCGAAGGGCAGCUGGCCGCGAACCAAUCCAGUUUGACGGCCCUGAGCACCAGCCUCACCAUGGGCUUGGCGGGGAAGGCCAGCCAGAGCGUGCUGGACGCCCUGCAGCUCGAGGUCGACGGCAAGAGCACGCCGGCUUCCGUCGACGCCAACCUGGCGAGCUACAGCAACACGGCGGCCAUGAGCAGCGCCAUCGCGAGUGCCAACAACGCCACGCUGGCCGCCGUGGGCAGCAGCUACGCGCUGCGCACCGUAACGGACCAGCUGGCCCUGGACCUGGCCGCCAAGCAGUCGGGGGCCGAUGUGGACCAAAAGAUUGCCACGGCGCUGCUGGACCGGCCCAGCACGACUGAUCUGAACGCGGCCGUGGGCCUGCGCACCUCGCCCGCGGACGUCGACCAGAAGCUCGCCACGGCGCUGCUGACCUUCGUCACGCAGGCGGCCCUGGACGCCGCGCUGGCCCUCCGAGAUGGGCGCUUGGACGCCGCCGAGGCUUCCGUUGCAGCUCUGCAGGCCGCGGGCUUCCAGACG